AUGGCGUUGAUGGUUGGAUUGUCGAUUCAGACUGAAAAAUUCUUGAAUAUCCAAUUUAAAGGAUUUCGAGGUGCCAAUCAUGUGCUUCAUGAGUUCACAUUAGCUGACUUGCCGUUCAUGAACCCCUACGACUGUUUAUAUCUAUUCUACAUUGUGGUGAAGGAUGUUUACAAAUAUGAGCAUAUUAUUGAACACUUGAAGCAGAUGAUAUGGUGUUAUAUACUUAAAACUGCAAAGAUGGAUGUUGAAAUCGCAAAUAUUCUGAAGAAGAGGCCAAUUCUAAAGCCAGGAGAACAAACAAAAGAAAUCCAACACUCGAAGGUAGGGAUUAUUUGA